AUGGCCGCCGUUCGCGACUAUAGCAGUAUCAUCCACUCACCGUCAUUCACCUUUCUCGUCGGCCCAAAGCAUACCAAGCUGACCAUCCAGUCGGGUCUCGCCCAGCAUGUCUCCAAGCCCCUGCAUAAUUUGAUGAACGGCCACACGAGGGAAUCCAAACAUCGAAUCGCCGUGCUGGAAGAAGAAGAUGUGGAGACCUUUGUUGCGUUCUGCGAAUAUGCGUAUACCGGCGAUUAUAGCGUCCCCCAGCCCGAACCGGAGCCGCAGCCGGAGGAAGAACCCACAUUGGAGAGUGCAACCAGCAACGCCACAUGGAGGCAGGCAUACCGAACUGGUUCGGUGGCCUCCACGGUGCCCCCGCCUGCUCCAUCACCACCCCCAGAGCACCGUCACAGCACCCAUGGUUCAGUCUCGGGAUCCGCCUACCAAGAAUCACAACCCGACACGCUGGUACCAGAGUGUCCCACUCCAGUGCCUGAGCCCGAGCCCGAGGUAAAUUCGGAGGAGCUUCCAGCCCCUGCGCCCGAGGCCGAGCCAGCGACGCCAGAACAUGAGGACGAUAUCACCGUAUAUGAGGAGGCAGAGACUGCACCAGCAGCAGCUGAGAGCGAAGCCCGCGUUGAAGAAUUUCCUGAGGUGUCUGAAGAGCCGAGUGCGGUGCCACCCGAAGAGCCUGCUCAAUGGGAGUUAGAAGAGGCUCCGGUAACUUCGAGCAAAAAGAUGAAAGGCAAGAAGGGUAGGAAAGGUAGGAAAGUGCGCAAAAAUGCAAAUCUUGAGCAAGAGACGGCUGUAGAGGAACCGCCCUCGUGCGAGCCAGUCAACCUGACGCCGCCAUCCACCCCUUCUCCAGUUGCUGCAGUGCCUGAACCAGAAGCAGACGCUGGAUGGCAGACAGAAACACCGUGGCCAACAGAGCCUGAGCCCGAGGCAGAGCCCGCGCCCGAGCCCGAGCCCGAGCCACCAGCUGAGGACUGGCACUCCGAAGCUUCGCCAAGGACAGCGGCACCCAUGGAAGACUCAUGGAUCCAAGACCGAGCUAACCGCCAAAGACCAAUGCUCGACAUGUCCUUCGCCCAACAGCAAGCAGCCGUCUCCCCUUGUGAGCCAGGCCUCAGCCUGUGGGACGAGUUCGCUUCCCUCCAAUACAACGACGAAAGCGAGCCCGAGCCGCCCACGUUCCCAACCCUCCCGUACCUCACCUUCCACGCGAAGGUCUACGUCUUCGCCACUCGCUACUUGAUCCCGGCCCUAGCGCAGCUCUGUCUCCGCAAGCUCCACGCCGACCUCCUCACGCUGCCAGACGAGCCCGUCGCCCAGGCCCAGAUCAUUCUCGACCUGGUGCACUAUGCAUACACGAAAACGGCCCGGCUGGAGCCCAUCUCACCGACGUCCGCAACGCAGCUGCGGGAGAACGAGCUCCGUAAAUUGGUCGUGCAUUAUGCAGCGUGCAAGGUUAAGGAAUUGGCACGGUACCGGGUUGAGUCCGCGACGGGCACGCCUCAGCUUCGGCCGGUGGAUAAAGUGGGGGUGAUGCCCCGAAGAGUCUCCGGGGCCUGUUGGAUAUGA